ACAGACCUAUAACCCCUCCAGGGCUUCAACAGAUGUAACACGUGGGGAACAACCUCAAAGUUUGAAUGUAUUGACGCAUGCUGCGUGUGUUGCACUUUCCAGAACAUUAUCCAGCAAGGACGUGCUAACGCAAGGAUAUUAUUUCUCGAGAUUGAGAGACCCAGACUGAAAACAGACCCAGACCGAAAGAUGCACCGGAUCGCCCUUUUAACGUGUCUGCUCACCGUAUCACUGAUUAAUCAAGUGAGUGCUUUGGAAACUGUCACCAGCAAGUAUGGAGACACCAUUGAAAUCCCAUGCAACAACGGGCGUGUCGUGGAAGCAGAAGUCACAUUUGUAAAAUGGAAAUAUGACAAAGAUGGCAACAUACUGGUGAAACAUCGGGAUCAGAAUGCCACUGUUUCCAACGAUGUGAACUACAAGAACAGAGUCAGUAUUAAAGAUUUCAGCCUCGUCAUCACACAAGUGGCCAUGGCCGAUCAGAGAACCUUCACCUGCAUGGUGGUGGUAGAAGAAGACAUUUUGGAGUAUCCUGUUCAACUGGCCAUUUACAAGGUUCCAUCACAACCUCAGAUUACAAACCUAACGACUGUGAUGGCAAUCGGCAAACCAACUACGUUGGGCAAGUGUCGUUCUGAAGGUGCCAAUCCAGCUGCCAACAUCACAUGGUUCAAGAACAAAACUCCUCUUGUGACUGAUGGAGCAGCCAUUAAAAUCACCACAAAUGUGGAUGUUGAUGAAGAGACAGGACUGUCCACGACAACUUCUACCCUGGAGUAUACAGCAGUGAAGGGAGACAUUGAUGCCAAGUUCACUUGUCAGGUUCAACACAUCAAGUCUGCUAACAUGGAUUCCUCUCCUCUUGUCUUCACUGUGAACUACCCUACCGAGAAGGUCAAUCUCCAAGUGGUGUCCCAGGGUCCUUUUAAGGAAGGAGACAACGUGACCCUCAAAUGCACAGCAGACGGAAACCCUCCACCCUCUAGCUACAACUUCUACAUCAACGGAGAGGAAAAGACUGUGGACUCCAGCACGUACACCUUGACCAACGUCACCCGGGAGAACACUGGAGAAUACAAAUGCUCACUAGUGGACAAUGAGGAUAUUGUGGCUUCUGUACCCAUCACAGUUGAAUAUCUUGAUGUGGUCCUUAGCAGCACUGGUAAAAUUGUUAAGAAACUUGGUGAGAGCCUUGAGAUGACUGUAGAUGUUAAAGCUUCAGGAACACCACAAACUUCUUGGAAGAAGGGCAAUGCCAAGCUGAAUAGCCUGCCCAAGUUUGACAAAUUGACGUACUCUGACUCUGGCGUAUAUGAAUGUAUUGUUUCCAUGGCUGGCCUCAAGAAAACACAAACAUUUGAAUUAGUAGUUGAAGGUUCUCCAGUCAUUAAGAACCUGAUCAAGGAGCGUGGUGAGGGCAUGACCAAGGUCCUGAAAUGUGCGGCUGAAGGCUUUCCAAAACCCACAGUACAGUGGAGUGUCAAUGGCUCAAAUGUUGAGAGUGCUUCUGAGCAUGGCAAAGUCACAUACAGCCUCACUAUCGUUCCAAAUGGCAAUCUCACUGUGUCCUGCACGGUCUCUAAUGUCUUGGGCUCUGACAGUAAGAGCAUUAAUGUGUCCGCACUUGUUGAGGACGUGACAAUGGACAAACAAGCAGAUCAGAAAGAUGAGUACAGUGACCAGACGAUUCUGGCUGUUGGCAUAGUUGUUGGCCUGAUGCUGGCGGUUCUGGCGAUAGGACUGGCCUACUGGCUGUAUAUGAAGAAGUUCAGGCAAGGAUCCUGGAAAACUGGAGAAAAGGAAGAUGGAUCUGCAGAAGAGAGUAAGAAGCUGGAGGAGAAUCAAAGCCAAAAAGCUGACAUGUAAUGUCAAAGGAGCCAUUCAGGGAUUAAUUUGAAUGCAAUCCCUUUUUUCCACAAGAGAAGGAGUGAAAAAUUGGUGAAAUCUGUGAAAAAAAUGAUCAGAAGCUGUAUUGGAGGACCAGAGUAGCUGUGUCAGUUACAUCUCCACCAUCGUCUAUAAUGUGUCUGUGCCUCCCCUACGCUAGGGAUUUAAUUAAUAAUGUAUGUUGUAAAGUAUGUGAAUCUUUUGCAUUGAAGAUCAAGCCUGUUCAGAAACCUUUGUCUGUAUGAAGUGUUCAUUCAUAAUGUUGGAUUUCAUGUUUGAAGCCCUACUGUGUUUUGUUUUAUUUUAAUGUCCCAGCUAUUCAGUUCAUGCAAAUUUGUGUUUGCAGUUUCACAUGGUUGAAACACUGAGGCCUUUAGUAUCCGUUUGGGACUUUUCCUUUCGAAUUACACGUAGUACCUAAUCUGUGGCAUGAUAUGAAGCAUGAUAUUCACGCUUAUACCGAGCACUUGGCUAGUUUUCAGGUCUUAACAAGUCAGUAAGCAAAAUUACAUCCCGAUAUUAUACUUGUUGGGAUUUAGAAGACCAUUAAUUACCAAUAUUUAGACCUUAUAUGCAUUUUAAUAAAGACUAUGACCUACAAUUUGAAGUUCAAAUGUCUAAACAGGACAACUGACAUAAUUAGUCAUUUCUGAAUUAAGAAGAUAAUGCAGGGACCAGUGCUUGUUUAAUGAAAACCUUGCCCUUUGCUUGGAUUGUUUACCAUUUAAACCAUUUAAAAUUGGGUUCUCAUCACGUGUUGCUUUUUUUCAUGAAAGUGAAAAUCAGCUCUCAAUAAUGUAUACUGACACUUUUCUCAGAUUAUCGCCCGUUUCGUGUGUUCUUUGAUGUUUCAUUGUUUCGCCGCAGAAUUGUAUGUGAUCUGGUUUAAGCAUUACUUGUAAAUAUGGUUAACUUCUUUUUGUUUUUAUGUUCUAUUUAUAUUGUUGAGGUUUAGCUAAAUGCCAGUGUUUUGACAUUAUGUUAGCUAGUUUUAGUAAAUUUUCCUGAAAAUAUACCUCUGUUGCUGUUGAACGGUACAGUACAAUCGAUGGUAUUUACUUGCAGAUUUUAAAUUCAAUGCCAAGUGGUUGCUGCAUUUCCACACUUCAGUGCAUAUCACCUGCAUUUAAUCCACUGUCAAGACCAAAGAGGUUGAAUGUGGCCGUGCAAGUAUUGUACAUACUGACCGUUGUUUUGUACUCUUAGUUCAAAUAAAGUGUACAUUUUUAGGAAA